UUUUGCGCUGAAAUUAAACUCGUUUCUUUUGAACUGAAACGACUUCCUUUUACACUGAGAAUUCAUGCACAAACACAUAUGACACCAUUUGCAUGUAUGUAUAUACACAACUAAUUGUAUGUUUGUGAAUUUAGUUUUGAAUGUUUGCAUGAGUGUUAUGUGAGUGUUUAUGCACGCAUCAAGUUCAUAUUCAGAUGAGUUUAUAGGUGCAUAUGCAUAGUUUAAGUUUAUAUGUAUGCGCCUGUAUUAUUGUGGGUGCUUGUGCAAGAAUCGAGUUUAUGUGAGUGUAUGCAUGCGUCAACUUUAUAUGUAUACAGGCAAGAGUUAUAUAUAUUGUUUUGAACAUCCAAUAGUACAGAUGUGUAUACAAGUAAUUUAUAUAUGCAUGUGUUUUAUGUAUGUGUUGAUGAUUUAAAUCCCACGGUGCACUGCAUUUUUUGUGUUCACCAUAAGAAAGUAACUCAUAGGUUUGGAACCACUUGUGAGAAUUUUUUCAUUUUUGUGUGAAAUAUCCUUUUAAUGUGUGUGUUAGACGCUUUUGUUUUGGAUUUGUCCUCACUGCAUUAUCAACACGUGUUUGGCAACUCUGAAAUCCAUCAGGAUGCAAAGAUCAUUGCGUCAUAGGACUAAGAAAUCCUGAAUGGAAAUUAUUACAGCGGUUUCCCGCUUGUUGCUCUACUGCUCUCCUAUUUCAGCAGUGAAACAGGAACUUACUCACUAGUUAAACAGAACAGCCAUGAGAGGAGGAGAAACGCACCGACUUCUCAAAUAUCAGGCGGAGGGUGGAGAGUCGAUGACGUUCGACGCUUGCAGAAAGGGAGGGGCAACGAGAAAGAAAGGGAAGAACUUUUUUCCGACAGGUUUUUGUCUCUUCUUCCGAACAGAAAUUUCACACAAAACGUGCUAAUAUAGUGGCUUCAGACUCUGAAUCAAUGCUGCGAUAAACAAACGAGAGAGGAGGAGGAACGUUAAACGAGAUCAUCUUCCUCCGUGCUACAGAUGACAGCAUUAAACACUGAAACAGCUUGAAGUCGGGGGCCUUUUGAGAGCACUAAGACAUCAUCUCCUCAAGCAUGACGUCUGAACUGGACUCUAGUUUGACCAGCAUUGACUGGCUCCCUCAGCUGGGCAUCAGCACCUUGCGUUCAGGGAAAGAAAGAGUGGAACGGAAAAAAGAGCGAGGAAGAGAGAAGGAUAUCCCUCUGAUACCCACGCUGUCACCCGGGUCGAACUCCAAAGUGAAGCCCCCUCACAGCUACGCCACCCUCAUCGCCAUGGCCAUCAGCUCGGCUCCUGAAAUGAAGCUGAGUUUGAAUGAUAUUUACACUUGGAUCAGCGAUACGUUUCCGUAUUACUGCAGAGCUGGUAGAGGAUGGAAGAACUCAAUUCGCCACAAUUUGUCCCUCAAUAAAUGUUUCCGGAAAGUUCCUCGACCUCAGAGUGAUCCUGGAAAGGGAUCAUACUGGACGAUGGAUGUACCACCUGAAUCCACUCAACCAAGAGGAGUCAAACGUCCUUAUCCUGAUGAAGAACAAGUAGUAACUCCGUUCUCAGACACACAACUGCCUGUCAAUCAACCGGAGCCCCUCCCCCCUCAGCCAGACACCAAGAGCACAUUCCCUCCUCCUCCAUGCAAGCAACGUUCAGCCAUUCCAGUACCUUCAUCUCUUCCUUCAAACCCUCAUGCUGAUCCUUCGCUUCGCUUCUCCUUUGCUGACUUGAACCUUCCAGAUCUGUACAAUUCUUUUCAGUCGCUCUGUCGCUCCAUGAGAGAAAAGGUCACUUCCCAAUCGGACAUUUCCACUUUACUUGGACUAACCCAUGACAGUACACCUCUCCAUACCCCAACCCUGCCUCCUCUCUCCCCCUGUCCAAACCCUAAUAUUAAUCAGUUUAUCAACCCAAAUUCGACUCAUAUUCCAAACCUCAAUACCAAUGGUAACUUCAAUCCAAAUGCACUCCAUAGCUUUAUCCCCACCCUGAACCAAAACCAGAACUCUAGCAUUCAUCUAAACUCCAGCACUGAGCCUGACAAGCUGCUUCCCAACGACUGGUUCAGUAACCCGGACUCUUUGAGAGAGAGUUUCAGAAUCGCCAGUAGUCUGGACUGGGCAAACAUUGACCUCUCUUGUCAUCCUGACCUGUUAGAAAGCAUGCGUCAGGCCGAACUGCGAGAUUGGGCUCUGGAUCCAGCACUCUUCACUUCGCUCUGUGAUUCGCUCAACCGUUUCUUCACUCACAAGGGUCUCAUUGGCUCAUCUUCUAGUGGCGCCUCUUCUUUCGGACACAUGGCACCACCUUCUGUCAAUAUGCCCCCCACUAACCCUCCCACACUGUCAAGUUUAACUCAACCAUCUCCACUCAUUUACCCCUCUCAGCUCCCUCCUGGCAGCGGUGAAGCUCCUCUACAGGGUCCCAGGAGGAACCUGACCCCUCUUGCCCAGAACCAGACCACACAGACCCCAGCAGGACUGCAGCCCACCGUCAGCCAACCUAUGACUCCCAAUGCACUUCAAACUCAACCGUUGACGCCAACUGCCCGUCCACCCCUGAAGACUCGCAUCAGUGAAGAAAUCCAGGACGAUUUCGAUUGGGACUCUUUGAUUGAAUAGAAUUGAUUGUUGGCAGACAUGCAUAUAAAGUAAAAGAAAACAUGAGCCAAUCAUUGAAAAAGCAUCAAUAUCUGUCAACAUGAGGUGAGGCCAGCUCAUUCAUCAUCUUUCAUACAUAAACGGAACAAAAGCAGAACCACCUUAACAUUAACCAUCAUUCAGGUCAUCAACCACAUCUUUGUAAACAAUCAGAAAAUUCACCAAGGUUUACCAAAAUGCAGUGCAGUAACGCUACCAUGUUUGUUCCUGAACUGCUCCAGAUCUCGAAGACGGGUGGAUCAGUUCUGACAAUGUUUUCUUCAAUGCAACAUCCGUUUUCUCUUAUCCCAAGUUAUACACAGUUGGCUGCCUUUUACGUCAGUGUAUUACAAUGUAAAUAAUGUUAGCACUUCGAAAAGUCAGAAGACAAUGGCUGUAUUUUUGUUGAAUGUUGUUGAUGCAGGCUUUUCUGACUCAUAAUCAGUCGGUUCAUAAAAUGUUUGACCAAAGAAUUUUUCUUAAUUGCACUUUCUACAAAUUGCAUGUACACUAACAUUUUUUUUGUGAGAAAUUAAAUGGUUUAACAAUACACUGAGAUAUAUACUCACCAGCCACUUUAUUAGGUACACCUUACUAGUACUAGUUUGGACCACCUUUUGCCCUCAGAACUGCCUUAAUCCUUCGUGGCAUAGAUUCAGCAAGGUACUGGAAAUAUUCCUCAGAGAUUUUGGUCAAUAUUGACAUGAUAGCAUCACGCAGUUGCAGCAGAUUUGUCGGCUGCACAUCCAUGAUGCUAAUCUCCCGUUCCACCACCUCCCAAAUGUGCUCUAUUGGAGUGAGGUCUGGUGACUGUGGAGGCCAUUUGAGUACAGUGAACUCAUUGUCAUGUUCAAGAAACCAGUCUGAGAUGAUACACGCUUUAUAACAUGGUGUGUUAUCCUGCUGGAAGUAGCCAUCAGAAGAUGGGUACAUUGUGGUCAUAAAGGGAUGGACAUCGUCAACAACAAUACUAAGGUAGGCUGUGGCUUUGACACGAUGCUCAAUUGGUACUAAUAGCCCCAAUUGUGCCAAGAAAAUAUCCCCCACAUCAUUACACCACCAGCCUGAAUUGUUGAUACAAGGCAGGAUGGAUCCAUGCUUUCAUUUUGUUGAUGCCAAAUUCUGACCCUACCAUCUGAAUGUUGUAGCAGAAAUCAAGACUCAUCAGUUCAGGCAACUUUUUUCUAAUCUUCUAUUGUCCUUUUUUUGAUGAGCCUGUGCAAAUUGUAGCCUCAGUUUCCUGUUCUUAGCUGACAGGAGUGGCACCAGCGGUGGUCUUCUGCUGCUGUAGCCCAUGCGCCUCAAGAUUGUGUUGUGUGUUCAGAGAUGCUCUUCUGCAUACCUCGGUUGCAACGAGUGGUUAUUUGAGUUACUGUUGCCUUUCUAUCAGCUGGAACCAGCUUGGCCAUUCUCCUCUGACCUCUGGGAUCAACAAGGCGUUUGCGCCCACAGAACCGCCACUCACUGGAUAUUUACUCAUUUUCAGUCCAUUCUUUGUAAACCCUAGAGAUGGUUGUGCGUGAAAAUUCCAGUAGCUCAGCAGUUUCUGAAAUACUCAGACCAGCUUGCCUCGGACCAACAACCAUGCCACAUUUUAAAGUCACUUAAAUCAACUUUCUUCCGCAUUCUGAUGCUCUGUUUGAACUGCAGCAGACUGUCUUGAUCAUGUCUACAUGCCUAAUUGCAUUGAGUUGCUGCCGUGUCAUUGGCUAAUUAGAAGUUUGCGAUAACAAGCAGUCGGAUAGGUGUACCUAAUAAGGUGUCCAGUGAGUGUAUUAUGACAAUAUAUUUAUGUACUAUGAAAUGAUGAAUUUAUUGCUUAUUAAAUUUUGUUAAAUAGAAAUUGAUUAAAACAAUUAAAGGAAAUAUUUAACUUAUCGUUUUAAAGCAAACCAAUGCAACAAAAUAAGCUUGGACAAUUUUGUUUUGUGGAUUUUUUUUUUAUUUCUUAAAUUCCUUUUUUUUU